AAUAUCAUCUAGUACUGGUAGACAUGUUCUCAAAUUGAAAAAAAAAAACUAAUUGGCAAAACUUUGUAAGGAAACAGGCCUGAUAUUGGGUACAGGCACUGCCUACUGUCCUGAUGUAGAUGAGAAUGAGAGUAAGAGACAAGACCAAACUAUCUACAUAUGAGAUACUGUUUGCAAGACCCCCACAUUUGGGGUGGGAACCAGACCAGACCCCCCAAACUUCUGACCACAGAAAGAGGAAAUGAAUGUUAAAAAGAGAUGGUGGUGUUUGCAGAUGUCACAUGAAUGAAAGGCAUCACAAGUAAAAUGAGCUAAUGUUUCACAGGGAAAGGGCAGAGCUCACAUGUAAGAUGAAGGGAACAUUUCAAAGAGCACAUAUUUCAUUGCAAAAAAAAAACAGGUUAUUUUGUGUAUUUGGUAUAAUACAAUGUGUUCAUGUGGUUUAUGGAUAAAAACACAUUAUUUUCCACAUACUGUACAUUUUUGUAGUUGUGAUUGCUCUGAAUACCUUGAACGUCAGCCGUGACACUCCUUAUCAUGUUUGAAAGAUUCAGUUGUCUUACUGUUUAGACCUAUACAGUAUAAAAGUGAGAACUUAUCAAUGUCACAGAUGAAAAUACGAAGCCCAACAAGUGGAUAAAAAGUGAAGGAGGCUGUGUUUCUUUGCACCAGAUUUAGAGAAAAGGAAGGAAAUGACAUCAUCUGAAAGAUCAUCUACUUUUUAAAAAUUACCCUCACUUUUUUUAACGCAAUGCUGCAAAGUUUUUGUUAGAGUACUUUUGUGUAGAGAUCUUCAUUCUCUGAAGCGGGACUGAGAUGUGAACAUUAUUAUUUUUACUGUAGAUUUUCUGAGCAAACAUCUAAGCAAAUAUUUGAUGUAUUAUUUAUGUCAGAUAUACACAAUAGUAAAAGCAUGGACUUUAACUCUGCAUUCAUAUCACUGAUCCUACUGAUAAACAUUCAAGGUUUUCUAACAUCAACAUACAAAUUACCAGUUAAGGGUAAAUAUGAAAACAUUUGUGCAGUGAGGGAGGACAAUGUGAUACUGAAGUGCUCUUACUCAAACAUCAACAUCAAAACUGGAUUCUGGUUCAGCCAGAAACAGAGAACAAACUGGAGAAACAAAGAUGAACCUGAAGAUUUGACUUUAGAUUCAGAUUACUCAGGACGAGUGAAACAGGAGAUCAAUGAAGACUACUCAGAGCUCACAAUAUCAGAUCUGCGAGAGAGAGACAGUGGAGAAUAUCAGCUCAUGUUCAUUAUGAAGGAUGGAGUUAAACAUCUCAGCUCAGUCACAGUCAAUCUAACAGUAACAGUCCUGCAGGUGAGGAAACACCAGAACAAACUUACCUGUGAUACCUCCUGCCCUUUAACCUCAAAACCUCAGCAUAUCUACUGGAAAAAAGAUGGACAAUAUAUACAAGAAAGUGAAUCUAUACAGUUUCCUUCGUCACCUGCUGCCUACUCCUGUUUUCUACGUCCAGACCUUAAAAUCUCCUCUGACUCUUUGUGUGUUUCUAACAGUGGCUGUUGGGGUGUGACUUACACCUCUAGAAGAGUUUGUGCUUUAGUGGGAUCAACAGUAGAUAUUCACUCUUCAUACUCACAUCCCACUGGAGAUACAGUAGAGAAAACAUACUGGCAUUUACCAAACAAUAAUACUUUGGAUCUGCGUGAGGAUCAUCAGUUUGCUGGUCGUGUUGAGUAUAUGAACAAUACACUGAGAAUAAAAGAGGUUAAGAUGAGUGACUCUGGUGAAUAUCUAUUCAGGAUCAUCGCUAACACAAACUCUUACUCUGAAUCACCUGGAGUCAUUCUCACUGUUACAGAUACACAGGUGAUAAGCAGUCCAGUCACUGUGUCAGAGAGAGAGAAAGUGAUAUUGAGUUGUUCAACCAAAUGCACUCUGGAUAACAAACAUACUUACAUCUGGUAUAAGAAUGGGAGUCUGGUAACAGAUGGAGUCAAACUAUAUAACAAACUGUACCUGGACUCAGUUAACAGUGAGGAGAUACAAGAGUAUUCAUGUGCUGUAGGAGGUAACAUGUGUGUGUUUUAG